AUGAUAGACCACGUCCUUGGGCGGCCAUCUACAAAAUUCCGGAAAAUCCAGGUUCUUGCUGUACUUGUAUUCUGGUCUACCUAUCUAUUAAGAGGAAAUAAGAAUGGCCCUCCUUUCAUCCGCAAGAUCUCAUCCCGACUCUCGAAAAAGCUGAGCGUCUGGCAAACCACUGUCCUAGUCUUCCUCUGGCUCUAUAUCUGCCGCAAUUUUGCAAAGAUUGUUGGCCUCGAGUGUCCCGAGCCUUUAGCCAAUCUAUACUCGCGCUCCUUUUUUCGGGCAACAUGGAUUACGACAGGGUUAGAUGCUGGCUUCUGGACGGCAAUGGGGAUAAAGCCAAAGUGGCUACGAGAUAUUGCGUCUCUGGUUUUCUCUGGGUAUUAUCUUAUCGCAGCCGAACAGGCAGAUGAGAAGGUUCGCCGGGUCCGUGCUACGCUCACAGUAGAGCAUAUGCGUGUGUCGUGGAAUAAGAGCACCACACCGUAUCUCUGGGCACUCGCUAAAUUGGGCCGCCCGCGGCUCACGAAGUACCCUCCGCGUGCCAUUCGCAUCCCCCGACCAGCGUCCUCAAUAUACAAGGAGCCAACAAAUGCGUGGCUUUACUUUGAUGGGUCAUUGGCCGCGCUACGUGAUCAAACAUGCAUUGUCCUGGAUAUUCCUGGAGGUGGAUUUGUCUCGAUGAGCCCGCGGCAUUCCGAAGACCGACUUCUGGCUUGGGCAGCGAGAACCAAAGUUCCCGUACUGAGUCUCGACUACAAAAAAGCACCGGAGUAUCCGUAUCCGUAUGCUUUGAAUGAAUGUUAUGAUGUAUAUCACUCCAUUGUCUCCACCCGUGGGCGGUGCUUGGGCCUCAACGGACGGACUCGUCCUCGUGUCGUCAUCACUGGUGAUAGUGCUGGUGGUAACCUCGCUACUGGCGUCACCCUUAUGAUCCUUCAAUCUGGCAGUACACAUGCCUCUAGAUGGCAAGGACAAAACAUGCUUCCGCCUCCGGAUGGACUAGUUCUACCAUAUCCCGCGCUGAACAUGAAGAUAGAAAGCUGGAUGACGGAAGAGCAAAUGGCUUUAAUACAAGAGAAGAGCACACGUCGAACCAAUGAGAGCGUGCUUCGAAGAAAAGAUAUGGACUAUCACCGGUUGACGCCUUUUACCUCUCCGGGAACGUCAUUCGGAGAUUUCCAGCGUGACUCGUUCUCUGACGCGGAUCUGGAAGUCGGAAAUUUGGUUGACGCUACCUCGGAGAAGUUGGCACAGCAACAGAAGAUGGACGUCACUGAAGAGGAGGUGGCUGCCAUCACUGAGCACCAGCCUAAGCAGAUCCGAACACGACUGGCUGUUUCAUCGAUGAUAUCGUAUGUUAAUGAUCGUAUAUUAACCCCCGAGAUGAUGAGGGCAAUGAUCAUCCUUUACAUCGGACCGCACAACCGCCCCGACUUCAAUACGGACUACCUACUCUCCCCAGCCCUGGCUCCGGAAGAGCUCUUAGCACGUUUCCCCAAGACGUACAUCAUCACCGGAGAACGUGACCCUCUAGUUGACGACACGGUCAUCUUCGCCGGGCGACUAAGACAAGCUAAGCUCCGCCAAUUCCAGGAACGACAAGAACUGGGCCUCGAAAAGUCUUAUCGCAGGUUCAACGCAAAGGACCAUGUCGAGGUUUCCCUAUUACCCGGGAUCUCUCACGGGUUCAUGCAAAUGGCCGGCUUCUUCCCCGAUAGCUGGAAGCACAUCUACCGCUGCGCAACUUGGAUUCAAGAUCUAUUCGACCUCGCCCAGACUAAGAAAUCAUCUUCUGGCCACCUGAGGGCCCUCACCAACGGCGCACAAAUGCCAAAGGGGCCCAAGUCCGUUCCCCGCGGCAAUAGCUCCCGCAAUCAUAGACGUCGUCUCACGGGAGAGUCAUCCGGCGACGAGGAUAGGCCUCUUGAGAUAGGCAUCAAGAAACUGACACCACUGACACCAUUGCAUCGCAGCUCCAGCGCACCCAUCGACAGUACCGAGAUUGAUAGUCAAGAUAUCGCUGCCAAGGAUGGCGACAGCGAGGAUGCUAAAAAGGAGCGCAUCCGUAGCGUCUCCCGAGGCCGAACUCUGCGGCCAGGGAUCACCAGGAAACAGCGUCCCAUUCCAAUGAGGUUAACGAUCCCUCCUCGAGACGGGUAUAUCUCUGGAUCGCCGAGUCCUAUUCCUUUGCGGGAAAGAAACCGGAGUAUUAACAGUCUUGCCAGCGAGGAGGACCUGCUUGACCGGCGUAUGAAUGGCUUAGCUGGAGGGUUGAUGGGCAUUGGCGAAGGUGCUAGGACGCCUUAG